AUGGGCGUUAUCAAAGUGACUCCGGACACCGCGUCCCUCAUCUCAGCCUGUGAUAUGUUCGAUGAUAUGAAGUAUCCCCUCCACUCUGCGGUCAAAGACAAAGACUCAUCGCGCGAGCUGUAUGUACGCGUGAGUUCUCGCCGCCGCCGCCUCGCCCCACCACCGCCCGCACCACCCGCUCGCUCACUCAGUCGCUGCGCGCCGCACGGCACAUCUUUGUUCAAGAAAAUGUCAAAGAAACGAAAGUAUGACGAGUCUUAUGUUAACUUUGGGUUUACUUUCGUGACUGAACGUGAUGGAACUCAAAAACCGCAGUGCUUUUUAUGCGGAAAAGUGCUUGCUAAUGGAAGUAUGAAACCAGCAAAGUUGUCAGAACAUCUUAAAACUGUCCACCCUGGAAAUGUAUGUGACAGCAUUGAUGACUUUCGUACUAAGAAGGCUCGGUUUGAAAAAGCCGGCACUUUACCUAAAUUAGGAUUCACCCCGACACAAAAACCAUGUCUUGAGGCAUCGUACAAGGUUGCUUACCGUAUUGCUCAGCAAAAGAAGCCACAUACUAUCGCGGAAACAUUAGUGAAGCCUUGCGCACUGGAUAUUGUGGAACUUGUGUGUGGUAAGAAUGAAAGAAAGAAGGUUGAAGCUGUUCCCUUAUCAAACGAUGUUAUUCAUUCUAGAAUUGUUGAAAUGUCGUCAAAUGUUUUAAAGCAGGUUAUUGAAGAAUUGAAUGCUUCACCGUUUCCGUUCAGUAUGCAAUUGGAUGAAAGCACCGAUGUAUCACAAUGCAGCCAACUCUUGGUGUUUGUCCGUUAUGUAAAACAUGAUACGCGUAGUAUCAAAGAGGAGUUUCUUUUUUGCGACUCACUUUUAGAAACUACGAAGGCUUCAGAUGUCUUCGAAAUGAUAAAAAAAUUUUUCAUCGCACAAAAUGUAGACUGGAAGACUAAACUUGGUAGUAUAUGUACCGAUGGAGCUCCCGCGAUGCUUGGUAAUACAUCUGGUUUUGCGGCUUUGAUCAAGAAAGAGUGCCCUCAUGUUAUAAUCACUCAUUGUGUCUUGCAUCGACAUGCCUUGGCUUCACGAACUAUGCCUACUUUUUUGAAGGAAGUUAUGUCUACAUGUGUCAAAAUAAUUAACUUCAUCAGAGCAAGAGCCUUAAACCACCGCCUGUUUAAAAAGCUUUGUCAAGAAAUGGGUUCAGAACAUGAAGUACUUCUUUACUACACAGAAGUUCGUUGGCUGUCAAGGGGACAAGUAUUGAAGCGCUUGUUUGAGUUGCGAGAAGAAGUGUUACUUUUUCUGAAAAACAAAGAAAAUUCAUUGUAUGAAUAUCUUGAAAGAGAAGAUUUUGUGGAAGGGCUAGCGUACUUAGCUGAUAUAUUUACUCAUUUGAACGAGAUUAACCUGUCUCUUCAGGGUUUUGCAGUCACCAUUGUGGAUGCGUCUGAACGGCUGAAAGGUUUUUUAGGUAAACUGCCACUUUGGAAAAGAAGAGUGGAAUCAGGUUAUUUCAGCCCAGAGUCGCUUGAAAAAGAAACAUGGGUGCGGAGCCCAUUUUUAAUCGAUAUUGACAGCAUUAGUGAUGAAGAUCUUAUUAAAGAUGAUCUAAUUGACAUGAGAUCAAAAGAAGUUUUGAAAGCUGAAUUUCAGGCAAAAGAUCUUGGCGACUUUUGGGGUUCCUUAAGUCAAGCUUACCCUCUUCUAGUCAAGCGAGCUAUGUCCAUUUUGAUACCGUUUGCUACUACGUAUCUUUGCGAGGCAGGGUUCUCGAUUAUGAUGUCAAUAAAGACAAAAAGUCGCAAUCGGUUGAACGUCGCAGAUGACAUGCGACUUGCCUUGUCGAAGACAGUCCCACAAAUUAACGUUCUCAUUGAGGCCAAACAACAGCACCCUUCUCAUUAA